AUGCAUUAUCUGUACUCGUUCCCUAUACUUUUCUCUUUUGCUUCGAUUGUGUCUUCUUCGAACACGACUGUAGACCUGUCAUGGCAUGCACCUCCGUCUACUCAGGUCAGCGACCUCAAGUCCGUCAUCAAUGGCACUGAUGUCUGGGGGUUUGUUUUCAACUCGUCCAAGACCCCGGCAAGCCUACCAUACUCGACAUACAACUGGUGCAAUAUGCCUCACGUCCGCUCUUCUGAGUAUCCCAAGGUCAACUCGAGCUACAUACUCCAAUACGUUCACGUUAUCCAUCGCCACCAUAAGCGUACUCCUUAUGCAGCCAACACCUUCCCUCGGGAGUCUUAUGCAUGGGAGUGCUCUGACGAAGGUCUUUAUUACGGUGGUGCUACGUUCACUGGUGCCAACGCCAACACCUCAGCAUCCACAUACUGGAGUGUUUUCACAUCAUCCUCGAACCCAUUGGCUCCGCAGGGCUUCAAUGGUACAUGUCAAUUUCCUCAGUUAACCUCGGGAGGUUUGGACGAUAGCCAUCAGCAUGGCAAGGACGUCUUUGGUGUCUACCAUGGUCUGCUUGGUUUCUUGCCAGCAAAGUAUGACUCUCGCAAAAUUCAAUUCCGUGUGACCAACAAUGUCAUCACAUCUCAAGUCGCCAGCAACUUGAUCCCUGGCAUAUAUCCUUUGCUCGAUUCGAAGAGCGUUCCAUUGAUGAUUCAGCCCGCCUCGAUCGAUAGUCUGGAACCUGCCUACACAUGCUCUUCUGCAUCCUCUCUCUACUCGUCUUAUGGUGUAGGCAGCACCAACGCAAAUUGGACCGCUCACUUGACUGCCUCGUCUGGUCUUGCCAGUGCUCUAGAUGCCAUAUCUGGUAUCUCAUCCAGUGCAACAGCCUGGCACCAAUCCUGGGACCACUAUUUUGACAAUCUUUCUGCUCGUCUCUGUCACUCGAAGCCUCUGCCCUGCAACAGUACUACCGGCACCUGCGUCACUCAGACUCAGGCAAACGAGGUAUUCCGUCUGGGUGAGUACGAAUACAACUUCUUGUACCGCUCAGCUGGUCCUCAAACUCUCGAGUAUGCCCGUCGCAGCUACGGUAUCUGGGUCGCAGAGCUGGCAGACCACUUCCGUGUCGCACAAAAUGGCAACGACUCCGUCAUCUACAGACAUGACGUUGCUCACGAUGGCAGUAUCUCUCGCCUAUUGGCCUUGCUGCAAAUCCAGGAGAUGGUUUGGCCGGGCAUGGGCUCUGAGGUUGUCUUUGAACUCUACUCUAAGCACAAUGAGUGGUUUGUCCGUAUUCUGUGGGGAGGACAGGUGUUGAGAAGCUCGAGUCCUACACUAGGCAAUGAGGUUGAUAUGGUACCUUUGCAAAACAUUUUGGCGUACUUUGAUGGUCUUGUCGGUCGUGGCGCUUCUCUGGUUCCUGGUCUAUGUAACCAGAGCUAG